AUGUGGCCAAUUAUCAGUAACAWACCAAAGGUUMCAAGUCGCAAGCUUAAACUKGGUAAAMUUACUASUGCUCUUUCGGAAGAARUUGUUUUGAAAAAGAAUCUCAGGAAGGUUAAUGACUUGGAAAGAGAUCCCUUAAGCCCUGCAGUAGUCAAGAAAUGCCUAUCGGAAACAUCAGKGUUUUUCCYAGGUGUACCAAUGCGAAGACUUUACAAGCAGUACAAAACUAAACAAGACGAAUAUCARACUGAAACUCUCUCAGAAAUACAAGAAAGUGUGCCCGCCAAGAAAGAGAUAAAGGAGGAAAAAGAAAGAGAGUCGUCKGUCAAAGACGUUGAAGAUGUGCAAGMAGAGAAACCUGCGAAAAGAGGACGUUCAAAGAGAAARAUUUCUACUCAAAGUGAUGAAGAACUCAACGAAAAGCAGAUUAAAAAGGCGCGACGGAAGAAAGAYAAAGAAAAAGSUAGUGAGGAAAAGKMGGAAGACGUUGCCAAAACCCAAGUAUCCGAUCAAACGAGGAAGAAACGAGGACGAGAAGAAGACGAAGAAGAAGCAGAACGAAGUCGUCAUGCCAAACGAAAAUCUUCUAGGCGAGGUGACAGAACACUUAACAAAGAGCAAGAAGCACAAAAUGACACCAAGCYAGAGUCGUCUAAACGUAAAAAGCGAAAAACGAUGGAAAGUGAGCUUGAAGCGAASUCASUCCCUUCAAAGGAAGAUCUGAAAUCCGAAGAUUCUCGUGCGUCGGUCGAUGAKAAGAAAGCUGAUUUGCUAUGGACGGAAAAAUAUCAACCUGAAUGCUCAUCCGAAGUCAUGGGGAACGCCUCGUCAGUCAGCCGGCUGAAGUCAUGGCUGGAGGCUUGGAAAAUCAAGAGAGAAAAGACRCUUCGUAAAGAACUGGAACUGCAAAAGAAACUUCUCGCGAAGCAAAAGAAUAAAGAUAAGCAAGGGAAGAAGUCCAAUCCUGAAUGGCGUGAGGAGGAGUAUGACUCUGAUUUUCAUCUCAGUGACGAAGAUUCUGAGGACAGCGAUAGCGAGGAUUCUGGACUGUCCAGUGCAAUGCUUGUUGUGGGUCCACGUGGUUCCGGAAAAACUGCUACCGUUUACGCAUGCGCAAAGGAGUUAGGAUACAAGGUAUUCGAAGUGAACUGCUCGUCCAAAAGAUCCAGCAAACAGAUUAUUUCAAAGCUCGAGGAAGCCACGCAAUCUCAUCUUGUUGUGACCAACCCUACKGCAAACAUCCCAAAAGCCUCUGCUUUUGGCGGCCUMUUCGCGAACGUUAGUAACAAUUCCAAGGCAAGCUCACCAUUAAACAGCUUUCCWGCCAAACCAAAUAAGGAUAAUGAUUCUAGAAGUGAUGGGAAGAAAAUAUCCGGGAAGGAAAAGAAUAGGAAGCCGGAUGGGAAAGAAAAGAAAGAAAAGCGGACUGAACAUUUGGUUGCUAAUGAUAGUGCUGCCAAUCCUCGACUGGCGUCAAAAGCUGUUUCUUUAAUUCUUUUUGAGGAGGUUGACCUUGUGUUUGAAGACGAUAAAGGGUUUUGGUCAGCGGUAACAUCCUUCAUUAACAAUGCCAAAUGUCCGAUUAUAAUGACAAGUAACGAUUCCCAUGUUGGUUGUGACGGUCGAUACGAACAAUUAGUCCUCAAGACUCCGUCUAUUAACCUCUUAUCAGCUCAUCUACAACUCGCUGCUCUUGUAAACAACGUAUUUGUUCAUCCUAAUGAGCUGAAAACUCUGGUGUCACUCUACAAAUGCGACRUUAGGAAAUGUUUACUGGUUUUACAGUUCUGGAUCAUGUCGGGCGCUGGAAAGAAGACAAAAUGGAAGAAAUUUUUAAAAGAAAAUGCACAUGAAAGUGGAGUAAAAAUAGGUUCUUUUGUCAMCGUUAAGUCAUCGCAAAGUUCAAAGGAUUUAGYGACGCCUAAAGACACGACUUUAGCGGUUUURRWUGACGGGGGCGARGAGAGCUUACUUCUAACGGCAGAGGACUGGAAGAGAAUGACCACUAGAAAUACCCGCACGUCUAAACGCACGACAAUYGCCGAGGGAAAGGAUGAUGAUUCAGACUUCGAAGCACAAAAGGUGUGUACACCAGCUGUAGACGAGAAUACUCACACCGACUCCAUUUUGGCUGAAUGUAGUGAAAGYAGAUCGAUACAGRUUGUAGACGAUGAUGACAAGAACCUUGUCAUGCCAGGCGUGGACUGUAAGUUGGUAGAGCAUACUCUAGGACUACUAAACACUACACUGGCCUACAAAAACGSCUCCGUGGAUCUACUCGAGUACAAAAAUGAUGUCUCCAAGAUGAGUCCACUAAGAGCUAAACAGAGACUGGCAGAAUAUGCUCAGUCACUUGGUGUUAAUCUAAUCAAUAACAACCUGCCAUCGUUAUUACCAACUCUAUACACAAAGCCCUCGACCAAUCAAAGCUCGAGCUCAGUUGCCAAGGCAAUACCUCAACCAAUCAAGACCAAAGRCGAAGAGAGUUUAGAUAGCAGCGUGUUUGAUGAUGGAAGUGAAUCAAAUCAAGGGGACAGUAACCAAGCAACGGGAACUAUGGAAACGAAAGAAUCAAUUGGUACCGAGGAAUGCGAUUCAAAUAGUGACAAAAGUGAUAAAAAAGAAGACGACACAUCAAAACGUCUCCAAAAAAAGACAUUAGACAUUUUUACCGCCAUCGCCGAAGAUUUAUCGUUCAUAGACGCGUUUACAGCAAACACAGGCCUUAACGAGUAUCAACCAGCGGAAURUGGAUGGUGGCAUGCGCGAGCAUCAUCAGGAUUGAGUGAUGAUGUAUCUACUCUCAACAGAACGUCAUGUGACUGGUGGACACGUGAUAGUAGUGCGUCCAUUCGUGGUGCCCUAGAAGCUGCAAGUUUAAACUGUACAUAUCUUCGUUAUCGAUCUCUUGUGGAAGAAGGUUUGCCAUCUAAUGUACAAGAUUGCUUACCUGUGCAGGAACUAAGUUCUGUGGUGAACGUGACCGGGCUGACGGACGUUCARUYAGGGUAUUCCUCUAUUGUUUUUAGGAAAGUCUCUUCUACAAACAAACUUUACAGAACCGUUAACUCAUCGCUUCCUUUAGCUACUUUCUGUACCCGACGCUCGACGUGUACCGAGUACCUCCCGACUCUCAGGUCGAUCUGUCACUCGGAAAGACUUCGUGAAGUAGGAAACACAAAACGAAGAUUUCUCCAUUAUCUGGAUUCUUUAUCUUCAAUGAGUAAUUCGACGAUGCAAAGUUUAGCUGAUGCAUACCUUGUACCAUAGCCGACCCAAACACUUGUACAAAGCACUAUUAAUUAAUUUGAAUUUAAAAAGCCAUACGUAGCAAUGAAAAAAUCGAGGAGUGAUUUUCCGUCGACCGUGAUACGAUCGUUUAGAAAAUCCUUGGACCAUUCCAGCGAACGCCACAAUAAUUUCUGAUAUCUCUGAAUUGAUUCUAUACCGAAAGUAAAUAUUUGAAUGGCAAAAUAUUCCUUCAUUUUAGUGUUGCGUCUUUAGGUUAUAAAGGUUCAAUCUAAUUACAUUAUGCCUGAUGACGAUGAAGUCAAGUAAAGCUUCAUUAAAUUUUAAGUACUGACUACAAUUUUCUUUCAUGGAUGUCAUCUUGGAAAAUCGGUAUUCUUUACUUUACGAUAAAUUCAAUGCUGUGAAGAAGUUUUUUAAGCGACUAUUUCGGCGUAUAUCUAAAGGCCCGUUUACACUUGCAAUUUUUGCAGCGCGAUUGUCGCGCGACAAUCGCCACUUUGUUCUCUCGCACCUAAAAUCGUACGUGUAAACAGCCCCGCGAUUGUCGCGGCGAUCAAAAAUCGCCGCGAGUUGCAGMUAAAUUUCAAGCAUGUUCGAAACUAAGGCGAUUGUCGCGCGACAAUCGCGCUGCAAAAAUUGCAAGCAAAAAUUGCAAGUGUAAACGGGCCUUAAUGAAGCAUCACUUGGUGUCAUUAGCAUAUUGAAUCUUCAUAACUCAAAGACGCAACAUUGAGAUGAAGGAGUUUUUCACCAUCCAAUUAUUUCUUUCAUAUAUAAUCAGUUCACAGAAAAUCAGCAAACAUUAUAGGUAAUUUAACAACACCCGCAGACAAUUUCAUCCCCCCCCCCCCCCCCUGAUCCCCUAAAUGCAAUGUUGUCAUUGAGCAUGUUACCAUAGUACACAAACAUUCAAAACAACAUCCAACAUUGAUGAAAGGGGGCUAAGGGGAAGAACUGCGAAAAAGUAGAGGAGAAAAAUGUAAGGCUGGCGGCAAAUAAUUCUAUAGUCCAACGUGCCAAGGUAUUCUAUAGCAACGAUUAUAGAAUAUUAAAAGCUAACAGUUAAAAAUACACUUCAAACCCAUUGUUUUCCUUUGAUCCUUAUAUCACUAAAGAUGGAAAAUCAUUCUAUUUCGUAAUCCUAACUUUUUACUGAGUAAAAUCAAAUACUAAAUUUACAUAAAAUGCACGGAAAGCUCCAUUCAAAGAGCAAUCGCUGUCAUUGUAAUUAAUAUGAAUUUUUAUGUAGGAAUAAUAAGUUUGUUGACAGUCGAUUUCCUAUUGGAUGCCAGAAAUUUAACUCCGGGAAUGAUGCAAUAGUUAUUGGGAGAACGUGAUUGGCCAAUCGUAAACGAUCUAAAAUAGGUGAUAAAAAUAGACUGCAUCAAUGGGAAUUAAUACAUUAUCUUGAAUUGCACUAUAUCAAAAUUAAUUUAUUGAUUAUAGCUGUGAUGUAAACGAGUGUGUUAUGUAAUAAAAAUGAAUUUUACCAAA